AUGCCACCUUAUCAAACGAGCAUCAGUCAACAUUACUACGUGAACGUACGACCCCUCUCUGCUAUCACUGACGGUAGCCCUGUGGAAUUUCUUAUCUCUAACGGCGGAAGUGACUACAUAGAUCUGAGACGAACUCGUUUACAUGUCAAAUUGAGAGUCACUCAUGACGAUGGAAGCGUGCUGACUGAUAAAGAACACAUAGGGCCAGUCAACCUGUUCAUGCAAUCUCUCUGGUCUCAGGUGGCUGUGUAUCUGCAAGGACAGUUAGUCAGUUCCAACAAUGGUGGCUAUCCCUACAAAGCGGUCAUCCAAACGUUGCUUGGAUACGGUGCUGAAGCCAAAUGCAGUCAACUCCAAUCGCAGCUGUUUUACAAAGAUACCGGUGAGACUGCUGCUGACCUUGAUUCUACAAAUCCAUUGGGUGGAGGAAAUGAUGGUCUUUUCAAUCGAGCACAAUUUAUUGCUGGAAGCAAAACUUUAACCAUGUCGGGUCCGCUGUUGGAAGACGUGUUUAAGCUUAAUCGUCACUUUGUCAAUGGAGUCGAUGUCAGUAUCAAACUCUUCAGAUCCAGUCCACAAUUUACACUUAUGUCUGGAGCUAGUGACAAAGAGUACAAAAUAGAACUGCAAGACGUGUAUCUGAAAGUUUGCAAGCUGAGAAUGAAUAACGCACUGGUUCUGGCUCAUGCUAAACAGUUUGAGACUGCCAAUGCACUGUAUCCUUACAUGAAAACGAGCAUCAGACAAGCUAGUAUUAGUGCAUCACAGAUGGGAUACACCUUUGACAACUUAUUUCUAGAUCACUGUCCCACUCGCGUCGUUGUCGGUUUCGUCAGUGGGGAGGGCGUGAGCGGUUCUUACGCUCAAAACCCGUUCAACUUCCAGGGUUCAAUCAUUAAAACAGUGGAACUGUACCUAGAUGGGGUUAGUGUACCUGGUGGUUCGGUUGAGGCAGACGACAUAGAAGCCUUUGUCAACUUGUUUGAAGGAGCCAACACCUGGAGAGAGGACAGAGGCAACCAUAUAGAAAGAACAGAGUUUCAAAUCGGCAACGCCCUGUUCGUCUUCAAUUUAGAACCACUCUCUAUCGAUGAUAGUUAUCUAAACUUUAUCAAAUCGGGUAACCUCAGACUCGAAGUACAAUUCAAGACGGCUCUCACAAAGACACUCAACGCUAUAGUACUCUCUCAGUCACUUGCCCUUCUAGAAGUCGAUCAAACGCGUAAUGUGUUUAUCAAGUAA